AUGGCAGAAACUAUGACAUCAACAUUUAAUUCAUUAGAUACAAAUUCAAAAGAAACAUAUAAAAAAUCAAAAAAAACUGUUCAUAGUGAUAUAUCAACAAUGUCUUCAAGCAAAAAUUCUGUUAAUUCUUCGACAAACAAUAGAAAUGAUUGGCAGCGAUUGUUAUUAACUCGUUUUAAACCUGGUGUCACAGGAAAAUAUCGAAUGACAAGAAAAAAUGGCAUUAAAUCAGACAUAAUUUCAUCAACAUCGUUUGACGAUUCUACUGUAAUAUUACGAUCAUACAAUUGUGAAUUAUCAAUUAAUGAUAAAUCUGAUAUAGUUAUUACUCAAUCAGAUAAAUUGAACCAACUUGAUUCUUCAAUAGAAAAUUCCAUAAGAAGAGAUAAUCAUUUUGUAAAAAAUUCAACAUCAAAUCGAUCUGAUAAUCAUAUGACUUCACUCAAACGACGAGUCAGAAAACAACAAAUGAGAUACCUACAAAAUCAAACAACUUUUAUUCAAGAUACCACAUUUCAAUUAUCAUCAUCGACUGAUCUCUUACUUAUACCAUAUUCCGAACGAUCUAGAUCAUUACAUCGUUAUAGAUCAAAAAAGAAAAGUUCUAUUGUUCCAUUACCAUCAUUAAUGAAUUCUACUAGAGUGACACCAACUUAUAUACGUGACAUUAAAUUAAAUCUUUAUGGAUAUUAA